AGUGCAUCUAUGCAAAUUUUUCAAUCCGAUACGCGAACGUGGUUCGUCUCGCAUUUCUAUUUCUACACAUUGACCCCCAGCAAUUUAUUCUUGUCGAAGUCAGCCCUUUAGUAUAUUUUGGAGGACACUUCUUCUACUUGCAGGUGGUUCUACCUGUAGUAAAAAGAAUCACAGAAGAAUAUACAUAGCAUCACGAUAGUCUGGCAUCUACUGCGCAGCACGAGGACGAUGAUCGCACCACUUAAGCAGGCGCCGGUCUUGUGGCUGUUCCUCCUAGGGGCAGCUGCGAGUUCGUCCACUCAGUUUGCCUACGCAUCGAACUCGCCACAGAAUGGCAGCAAGAAAGGGAACCCGAACCACAAAGUGCCCACCAAAGCCCUGCCCUCUAGUCCGCAGGCGAUGUACCAACUGCAGCGCGACUUAGAACGUUCACAGAAACGUUUUCGGGAGGUGAAGCAGGAGCGAGAUCAGUUCAUGCAAGAGCGCGACGAUCUGAAGGCAGAAAAUGAAAAGAUGCAAACAGAACGGGAACAAAUCCUCCGUGACUUCGAGCAGGUGAAAAUGCAGCUUGCGGAAAGCAAUCAGAGGCACGCGGGGAUUGCGGAGGAGGUGCAGCAGCUGCAGCAUACUCUGUUCCUGCUCGAGCAGAGGCGCGCGGCGAACAUAACGGCCUCUCAGGAGCAAAUCGUUGCUCUGAAGAGUCAACUGGUGGACUCGGAAAUUAGGUUCGCACUGAUCUCUGCAACGAUGGAACAAGGAGCAGGAGUAGAGAUGAAAAGCGAACAUCAGGGGGUGUUGGACGCGAAGAAUCACGAUGAGGAUGUUGAUGUGCAGGCUGCCAAUAUCGCGCAGGCCCUGGGGAAUCUGCAACUUCGAGUCGGGAAGAGCAGGGUAUUGCAAGAUGAACUUCGAGGUGCGGAAAGUGAUUGCGAGGAGGACAAGGGAAGAACGCUGCGCCUGAAACUGAAUAUGAAAUCUCUGCCCGGACAGGUGCCGUCGCCGAGUACGAAAAAUAAAUCGAGCUUACUCACAACCAGCACUUUAUUGCGUGGCAUGAAGAAGACAGACACAUCUUUGAACGAGGACGGCGAUAAAAGCUUGCUGUACCCUACUGAUGCGACGGCACAAUUUUACAACAACGAUCGACUAGACUCUCAACCACGAACAUCACUGGACUCUCUUGCCAGGAUCCACUCUGCAGGGUCGCUCGAUGUUGACGGGGGUUCAUCUGAUGUGAUCGUCCCAAAUAGUCACCUCGUGUCGCGGGGGGGCGGCGACCACACGUCAGUACUGCGCGACUUUGGCUUUGCUCCGGCUCCGAAGACCACGACCGGGCUGCUCGGCGAGAGUCCGCAUGCGUAUGCAUCAUCAAUUCGGGGCGCAUUUCAGCAUCCCUCGAGCUCCGAAGACAAGACUGCCAACACCCCCAGCGAACAAAACAAGACUGCAAAGGUGGACUCAUUUCGAAGCACCAGCUCCAGUGCAACCUCCUUUGGAGGACCAUUCGACGAGCAAAGCGCGGAGGGCAGGAGCGACAAUACUAGCAACAGACAAAAGCUUAAGGUAGAGGAGUUGCGUGAUGGUGCACCGGCGUUGCUCGGUCCGCGGCAUCUGCUGCAGAUUGAGAAUACUCUACAGGAGAUGCAUAACGAGAAGAGUGAGCUGAAAGCGAAGGUCGAGCGCAUCAACAGCGAAGAGAAGGUGCUUGAAUGGCUUUCAAAAUCCGAGCAGCGGGACGAACUGCAUCACCGUUCGGAAGCGGCCACCGCGGAUGGAGACUCCCCGCCGCCUGUUCCGGCUCUUGCCGCCGCCGGAUCUGCGUACGAAGUGCGGCCGGUCUUUAAUUUGGACGGUUCUGGGACGAGCUUGUGAAGAUAAAAAACUCCGAUAGGAGUUCGAUCUCGAACACAUCGAAAGACAAUUUUUUGUAAAAAGCUGAUAAGAUAGCGAUUGCGAUUCGCAGCUUCUCGAGGGAUCAAAUUUUUGAAAAAGCGAUCGACACACCUGGCCAUCCUGCACAUAGAUUUUUUUGAUUUCAGCGAGCCGACGCGUUUUUUGCAAAAGAACGCAUUCAGUCGGUAUUUCGGCACAGAAACCACAAACAUAAAGAAGAUAGUGCAACGUGACCCGCAAAGGUAACUACAUUUUCCUGUCCAGCUACAAAUUCAUUUUCCGUUCGUGCGCGCGAUAGGUUUCUCUUUCUGUAUGCAGGGGGACACGAAUCUGACGAAAGAAACUGUUAGAGCUCCAUCUGGUUCAUCCCGAGCAUGGACUUCUGAGUUUCAUGUCUGCUAGAGCGCCGAGCAAAAACAACGCGGGGAAAACCAAAAUGCAUGAUUUGUACGACCUUAUGAGCUAUUUUUUCUUGGUUUGGAACUCCAAUAA